UGUGUUUCUUGGCACCAGCUGUCUUCAGUGCUGAAGAGAGCAAGGACAUCUUUUCUUUCAUGACAGUGGGAUUAGGAGGAGAAGUUGCUUCCUUAUUCUGCAAGCUAUCAUUUCAGUGCAAAGACGAAGUAAACCGGACAUCAUGGAAAGGAGAUGUAGAGAAGAUGAAGAUAAGUAAAAAGUUUGGAUAACAAAGCUGCUUUAUUUAAGUUUAUCAAGAGAAGAAAGCAUUUUGCGCUCAGGUCUGAAGGGAAAUGGAUUUAUAAGCAUGCAAAUGCAGAAAAAAAAUCUUAUUUAUUUUUCUGCUUUCUGAGCAAUUAUCUUAAAAAUAGGUGAUCGGAAAUGCUGUAGCACCGUGAUGGAAGAUCCUGCAUCUUCAUUGUCUUCCUCUAUCCACUUUGUGUCUUCACCACCACAACUGCCACAGAGGACCUAUCGGAGGAUCAGCCGCUCAGAAGAGAGAGCUCCUUUUCCAAUCCCCGGCCUUGCUUCUGACAUCCUGCACAUGCGAGUCAAAGAAGGUAGCAAAAUUCGCAAUUUACUGCGGUUCGCAACAUCUCGCAUCCAAGGGGAAGGAGAGGACAGCAGUGCAACAGCAGUGAGACAAGUGGUCUUUACAGGGUUGGGUAGGGGCAUUACCAAGACCAUCACCUGCGUGGAAAUCCUGAAACGUAAAGUGCCAGGGCUGCAUCAGGUGUCCAAACUUUGCUACAUGAAAGUUAAUGAGGUUUGGGAGGGUCCCCAGCAGGAAGUGGCAGGUACAACUGUGGAGAGGACAGUGCCUGCCAUCUGCAUCCUGCUCUCCAAAGACCCUGUGGAUCCCCAGGAGCUCGGCUAUCAGCCUCCACAAACCUUCAGCUUUCCCUCAGAGGAAGUGGAGAGACGUGGGGAUCUGCUGAGAACAGCUGGCAGGCCGUCCUCAUUGCACGCUGCCAAGAGGCUCUGUCUGGAUGAUUGGACUGGAUGUUCCCCCAAAAGCUAGUUUAAUUACAGAUUUAAAAAAAAAACAAUAAAAAUACAUGUAUCUGCUCCUUCUUCAUAGGUUUUCCUAAAGAAAUAAACUACUAUUGUUUAUUCCUUAUAUUUGUUUUAGUUAUUAUAGUAAUAAAUUUGUCUACUAAUUACACAAAUUUUAGUUGCAUGUUAUGUCUUUUGGUGAUCUGUUGCUUAAAAACUGUGUUUCUUGUUAUCUUCAUUCAUAUAAUUUAUUGUCACAUUGGUUAUAAGUGUUUCUGCAUGCUUGUUGACCUGCCUGAUAUUAAAAUUGGAAAAUGUGGCGUAACAGUGUUUACAUUUUUUUGGCUGUUUUGUGUUUAAAAAAUGUCUCCUGUUUGUUUUUAACAUGUUUGAAGGAAAAUCAGCAGUCAAAUUAAGCUGUGCAGCUCUAGGGAAUUUAAUGUAUUCUAUUCCGCAAAAGCCGUGUUUUGAAGGGAGCAUCACUGCUGCAGGUAAAGUGUCUAAGAAAGGAUCAGCACUGGUGGGGGAAAAAACAACAGCAUAUUUUUCUUUUAUUAAAAGCUUUAUCAUUAACAAAAAAUUUAAAUGAACAAAAUGUGCUUUAGGUAGUGAGAUCUUUUUUUGCCAGUUGCACAUUAAUGAAAUAUAUUGAAUUACAUAAAAAGGAAAUUAAAGAUUGUUAAAAGA